AUGCUGCUCCUGCUCCUGUUCCUGCAUCUUCCUCUUCUCCUGCUCCAUCUUCCUUUCUCUAUCUGGCGUCUCUUCUCUGUCUAUAUGUCGUGGGCUACAUCUCAUGUCCCUUCCCUGGGUUCUUCAUGUGUAUCGGACAUGCCGGCUCGGACUCACCAGCCAGUUUCUCGGGCUGCAGCAGAUGAUAGGGAAGAAGAAGGAUACAUCCUGACGGCAAACUGGGGAAACAUCUUUAUCACUCUCUCUCUCCUCCCCAUUGCUAUGUUUGCCAUCCUGAAUCCAAUCUCUGUCUUCUUCCUAGUCUUCUGGUCGAUCACAGCAACUUUUGUCUCCUUCGCGCCUAAGUUCUGCUAUUUCCUCCUCCUCGAGUGGGCGAUCUUACGAGGCCGAGGCUCCAAGUUCUUCGAUGCCAACCACACCAAGCGCAUCCGCGGAGUCUUCCCCUCCCUGUCGAUGGACCUUGCGUGGCUGGAAGCCUUCACGACCGAGAUGACCAACAGGAUCGGUGGAGGAGACAUAGUAGCGAGCGCUGCACUCAAGGAGGUCGCGCUAGCUCGCAAGAAGUACUCGGAGCGCGUGCUGACAUGGGAGGAGAUGCUGGAGCGGUUGCUCAGGUUCCCGUGGUUCCUCUUCCAAAGAUUCCGGGAGCACGUGGAGAGCUGCUUCAACAUCGCUUCUCACACUGUCCUCAAGUUCAUCGCCUUGAGGAUCAUUGUGAAGUUGUACAGCAAACAUCCCGUGAGCCAGCGCGGCAGGUGA